AGCCUCCAUAGUUGAUUAGGACGGUGGUGCGUGUUUCAGCGAUUUUCACAAAGGACUCGUGCAGAAUUUAUAUAGAACAAAUGCAUUCUGCGAAAAUGUUGAGCUAAGUUGCCCAGAAGGUUGGAAUUGGGGUUAAUGGCCAAGGAUGGAUGGUAAAACCUCCAUAAACCUCUAAAUUUCCGUCAGGAAGAGGGAAAGCAUGCAGAGAGGUGAUGUAAAUGAGGCCCUAAGACAGCAACAUGCAGCAAGUGGAGGUGGAGAAGCAGCAGCAGCAGCAGCAACAACUGCUACACCAGCAGCCCAGCAAAAUGUGGGGGUUUCACCAGGGACUUUGCCCCAAACUCAGUAUGCUCUCGCUACUCAGCUCCAGGCCCUGGCUGGCCAAUCAUCACCUGCCACUAUCGGCCUUGUCCAUAGUGUGCGAGGCCCUGUCACAGCGGCCUUCACCUUGACAGCUCAAGCUGCACCCUCGACCGGAGCACACCCUCAAACUGUCACUGUAUCACAGGCAGCACAGAGACUCCUAAGCCCUGUACAGAGCCUGGUCUCUGCUGCCACUCCCACCUACCAAGCAAGGACGAUCAACGUUCUGCAGAGGCAGCUCAGCGGACAAAGUAUUGUUGGUCUCUCAGCAGUACCUGCUCAGGGCUUGCCUCAGAACCUGACUGCCUCCCUAACCCAACCCGGCAUUGCCGUGGUGACCACCACCCAAUCUUCCGAUCCUCGGCAAGUCCAGCGCUCUGUGUCUUUCACUCCUGUUAGCACUGUCAGUGCAUCCGGUGGCACCAUCCACCACCAUGGUCAGAGCCCUACACGGGGUGCCCCUCUUGUCUCCAACCUCCCUCACAACAUAAUCAGUAUGAACGUCAACCAAGCUGCACAAAUUGUGCAGAGAAGAAGCAGCCAGGGAGCUGCUUCCAGUAACCCAGGGACUCCAGUCACAGGGCGGGUAGUGCUUGACACCCGGCAGAUUUUGUCCCACCCUCUGAGCCAUAUUACAUCGACUGUGACGAGACACGUGCAGAGCACAGGGCAGCCACCAAAGAAAAAGGCAAAAUUGGAGGAACGACCGCCAGCUACCCCCGAAAUAGCUCAGCAAAGGAAGAUGAUACUUGAUGCAAAGUAUAAAGAAAUGAUGGAAAUAAAAGAAAACUAUGUUGAACAUUUGACAGAACUAUUUUUCCUUCAGCAUGGAAGGAAUUUGAUGGAUUACUUAGCUUGGAAGAAAAGGCCAACACCUCAACUUGUUGCAUUCUUAAAAGCUGGGGCUUUAGACAGUGAUGAGGAAGAGGAACACUUGCAAGAAAAACGAAUCAAUGAUGAGGUGAAAGUAUUGACAAGUGCUGGGAGCAAUGUUCCUCUUGCAACACCUGUUGCAAUCUCAACAACACUUCCGCCCUCUGUGUCAGCGUUGAGUCAACAAGGUAUUAAAGUCUUUGCAGACCCUUCCUCCCAGAACACUAACAUGAACCCCGGUAGUUUGGACACCUUCAACAUUCAGGAUUUCCUCAGACAGCUAACUGCAUAUGCAAAGGGGUCAGAGAGCAAGUUGGGUCAAGGGAGACAACCUAGUACUCUCCUUCCCCGCACCCAGUGUGCUGCACAACCUUCCUUGGCAGCUACACCUGGAUCUGCUAUACUGGGUUCCUUGAGUGGUCACACAGCUGUGACAACAGUGACACCUCACAGCGGCACAAGCACCAUCCCCGUACUGUCGUCCACGUGUGUAGCCUCUUCCCAGCUCCAGAUGCAGCUUACAAAGAGCAUACCCGAGAAGCAGCUUCAUAUACAAACCACUCAAGCUAUAAAAACUCCAAUCACAUCAGCGGGUAAUACUGUUGCUGCACCUGCUAGACUUCCAAAGUCCCCGACCUCCCCACGACUGCAGACCCGACAGCAAUCCAUAUCAGCUGUGUAUGACAGCACAAUAGGCUCUCAGGAGGCUAUUGUGGAAAGAGCCAAACAGGAAGCACAAGUGGUUCAACGGGUGACUGAACUGCGGAAAGAUGGCAUGUGGACGGCGCGGCGUCUCCCCAAAGUUCAGGAACCACAGCGGAACAAAGCGCAUUGGGAUUAUCUCCUGGAAGAAAUGACAUGGUUAGCUGCAGACUUCAUUCAAGAACGCAAGUGGAAGAAAGCUGCUGCUAGAAAAAUUGCCCGCAUGGUUCAGAAGUACCACCAGGACCAGGAACAGAAGGAAAUAAAGGCUGAGAAGGAAGAAGCGCUGAAACUAAAGAAAAUUGCUGGUCAAAUGGCAAAGAAUGUCAAGGAAUUUUGGUCGAACAUUGAAAAGGUAGUGCAAUAUAAACAACAAAGUCGACUUGAAGAAAAAAGGAGAAAAGCAUUAGACAUGCACUUGAACUUCAUCGUGGAUCAGACGGAGAAGUACUCCACAUGGCUUACAGAGGGACUGCACACAGCAAGCAGUGCAGCAGGGUCAUCUGUAGCCACUUCACCUGAACAUUCCAGUGAAGGAGGAGAUGUGGAGUUCGAACCGCAGGGAACGGCAAGUGAUGAUGAAGAAACAAUUGAGAAAGAAGAAAAUGAAGCAGGGAUUGAUGAGGAAGCAGAAAUGAAAGAAUUAGAAGAAUUGCAGAAGGAAAGUGAACUUCCUUUAGAAGAACUUAUUAAAUCAUUACCUCAGGAGGUAUUGGAAAAGCCAGCAAGCAUACAAGAUGAACCAGAAAAUGAAACUCCCCAAAAGUCCAAAGAAUCAAAGGGAAGUGAUGAAGAGUUCACAGCAAGUGAAGAUGAAGGGGAUUUAGAAGAAACAAUAGAAGAACAGGAAAAACAUGAAAAGAAGAAAGAUUACAAGCGGGAACUUGAUGAUUUAGAAGCUGAAGGUGAGAUGUCCAUGGAAGAGCUGGUGAAUAAAUAUGCAGGUGCAUAUGAUAGUGACUUUGAUGUGCCAGAAGAAAGUUCAGAAGGAGAGACGUCUGAAGAUGAUUCAGAUGAUGAUAUCGAAGCACAGAGUGACGAAGAUGAAACAACGGAGGAAGAAGAGGAGAGUGAAGAAGAAGAAGAAUCCAAACAGCCACAGGAAGAUACGGGUCUGGAGUUCCUACUCAAACCUCAGGGAGAGGCCGAGAAGCCUCCUGUCAAGCAAACAGAUGGGGAAACUGGCCCGGGGAAGGAAAUAACAGACAUAGCUGCCGAAGCCCAGAGUCUGCAACCUAAAGGCUACACUCUCGAGACAACAGAGGUUCGGACGCCUGUCCCCUUCCUCCUGAAACACACGUUGAGAGAGUAUCAACACGUGGGCCUGGACUGGCUGGCUACCAUGCAUGAGAAGAAACUUAAUGGCAUUCUUGCUGAUGAAAUGGGACUUGGCAAAACCAUUCAGACCAUAGCGGUGCUGGCCCAUCUUGCCUGUGAAAAAGGUGUCUGGGGCCCUCACCUUAUUGUCGUCCCAACAAGUGUGAUGCUGAACUGGGAAAUGGAGUUUAAAAAAUGGUGUCCUGCUUUCAAAAUACUCACAUAUUAUGGGAGUCAGAAGGAGAGGAAGCAGAAGAGAACGGGAUGGACCAAAACCAAUGCCUUUCACGUGUGUAUCACGUCCUACAAGCUGGUGGUGCAGGAUCACUCUGCCUUCAGAAGGAAGAAGUGGAAGUACUUCAUCCUGGAUGAGGCUCAAAACAUCAAGAACUUCAAGUCUCAGCGAUGGCAGAUGCUGUUGAACUUUUCCAGCCAGCGACGUCUGCUGCUGACGGGUACCCCUCUACAGAACAGCUUGAUGGAGCUGUGGUCUCUUAUGCACUUCCUCAUGCCACACGUGUUCCAGUCUCACAAGGAGUUCAAGGAAUGGUUCUCUAACCCGCUCACAGGGAUGGUGGAGGGCAGCCAGGAGUACAAUGAGAGUCUAGUCAAGAGAUUACAUAAGGUGUUGCGACCCUUCCUGCUGAGGAGGUUGAAAGAUGACGUUGAAAAGCAGAUGCCAAAGAAAUAUGAACAUGUCGUCAUGUGUCGGCUGUCAAAGAGACAGAGGUUCCUCUAUGAUGAGUUUAUGUCACAGACAAAAACGAAGGAGACACUUUCCCAAGGCCACUUCAUGAGUGUGAUAAAUGUUCUGAUGCAGCUGAGGAAAGUGUGCAACCAUCCAAACCUCUUUGAUCCAAGACCAAUUGUUUCACCAUUCCAAAUGAGAGGAAUAACAUACACAACAUCUUCACUAGUUGCACGGGCCUUGGAAUAUGAUCCAUUCAAGGAUGUGGAUCUACGUUCGCUGUACCCGAGUCUGGCGGAGAUGGAGCUCGACCUUCCUGCUUUCAUUGCCCACAGAGUGAAGAAACUGCAGACACCACGGCGACUUAUAGUGGAGGUGGACGACCAACCCGACCCACCACCCAGACUCAAACCUGGGAAACUGAAGCCUCUCACCUUCAGAAGUGUCUCACCAGCAACACCUCAGUCUGGCCGUUCAUCUCCCUUAGUGCCAAUCAAUCAGGCCAGAUCGGCAUCCCCAGUGCAGUUGGUGCGGACAGUAGUGCGCAGUUCCACUCCAAGUCAGAUCCUGCACCCUACUCCAGUGCAAACGUCUCAAGGUGCUGUUCCGAUUAGACUUGGCAUUGUGAGCCAAUCACAGUCACCGGCCACAACCACAGCGGCUGCCCCUGUAGUGUUGCAGUCACUUGUGACCUCCCAGCCCCAGACCCAACCUCAUCCUCAGCCUCAGCCUCCUCAGCCCACAAGCCAGCAAGUCACUGUAGUCUCAUCAGCAAGUGUAACUUUAGCCACCGCCAUGCCCAUGCAAGCAACAAUACAGGCCAAAGUGGUGCCUCAGCAAUUAUUGCAAGGUGUGUUCCACUCCAGCUCCUCAUCUGUGAUACCUUCCCAGCCUAUUACUGUACAGAUUCAGCAAACAGAACAGGGUACUAGGCUCAUGAUACCCACCGGCCAGCUGUCGCAGCUGCCAGCCGGCCUCAUACAAAUAGUUCAGACAUCAUCUGGUCAGCAGUUAAUAGCCACGUCCAGCCCAGCUGCCCCCAUACAACCUGUGAUACCUGUACAAAAUGUUGUGUCUACUGCUUCAUCUUCAUUAUCCUCUUCUGUAAAUGGCCGGUCCCCAGCAUUAAAUGUUGCUUCUUCCUUGACAGCCAGCUCCCCUAUGUCAGCUAAUACGACAGUUACGCCAACCGUUACUCAAGUGAAGAGUGUGCCUGCCGUACAGCUGCCAUCUGGUAGCAUCCUCUCUGCUCAGAAACCCAUCAUGCGGGUCCCCCCAAUGGGAGUCAGCUCGGAGGGUAUGCCCUUCACAAUAAGAGCUAUCACCCCUGUCACAACCCUCGCUUCCAGCACCACUUCCAGCUCCACUGCAACUACAAAAGUUGUACCCAGCACCAAUGUACGGCCUUCAGCCACUGUGGCUCAGGUCAGUGUCGUCUCAAGUAAACCUACCGAUUCCAUAGCCCCGGUUGUUAUGGCAACUAGAAGUGUUCCAGCUGAUGACCGAAGGGAGCGGAGGCUGAAAGCAGAAAAAGAAGAGGAAAAAUCUGAAUUGUUUUUGCGGAGUCUAAGGGUCAAGAAACACGAAAGACGGAAAAACAAGCUGGAAUAUAUUUCAAGUAUGAAUAAGAAACAUUGUGACAUGAAGCCAGUGUAUGGACAAGAUUUGUGCGAGGCUGUGGAUGUGACAAAAACGUUAUCAAGGACCCAUGUUGUUGACAAUUUGUGGCAUGGACUUGGCUAUGUGCAGUGUUUAUGUGCUCAUCAUUGUAAAAACCCAGAUCAUCCAGACUUUUACUGGCAACAGUCAGAUAUAUUCAAGCAAUUAAUUCACACUCCAGAACAGUAUUUGCAGGAAUUGAGGGACAUUCUUUCUCGGUACUUGUUCGUUACUCCAUCGGUGGUUGCGCCCACGAUAAAGAUGCAUGUAUCUCAUCCCUGUCCAUCAGCCGAACAAGCCAAGAAGAGAAUGUCUUUCAUGCUGCAUCGAGAAGUCUCCCCCCAGACAGCAUGUCUACACAGUCUUUCAACUAAAAUGAUGGUCCAGUUCCCGGAGCUCCGGCUUAUAGAGUAUGAUUGUGGUAAGCUUCAGACCCUGGACAUACUGCUCCACCGGUUGAAAUCAGGAAGUCACCGAGUCCUCAUCUUUACCCAGAUGACGAAGAUGUUGGACGUCUUGGAGGCCUUCCUCAGCUACCACGGUCAUCGAUAUCUCAGGCUGGAUGGCACCACCAAAGUAGAGCAAAGACAGGCAUUAAUGGAUCGGUUCAACAUGGAUCGUCGUAUUUUCUGCUUCAUCCUGUCAACAAGAUCUGGCGGCAUUGGCGUCAAUCUGACAGGGGCAGAUACUGUGAUAUUUUACGACAGUGACUGGAACCCAACCAUGGAUGCCCAGGCUCAAGACAGAUGUCAUCGAAUCGGUCAGACCAGGGAUGUCCAUAUAUACAGACUCAUCAGCGAGAGAACAAUUGAGGAGAACAUUCUCAAGAAAGCAAAUCAAAAGAGGUUAUUAGGUGAUCUGGCUAUUGAGGGAGGCAACUUCACCACUGCAUUCUUCAAGGAGCACACUAUCAAGGAACUGUUUGAGGAACCCUCUGGCCUUGACGCUCUAGCCAAGGAGAAGCAAGCCCAGGCAGCUCUCAAGCAAGGGAAGGAACUUCAUAAGGAACCUCCCAAGAAACUUCCCGAAGGAGAAACAAAUGUGCUGGCACAGUUUGAACAGGCUCUCUGCAAGGCGGAAGAUGAGACGGAUGCCAUUGCAGUAAAACUGGUGAAAGCUGAACAGAAGGCAGAACUGGCCGAGUUUGACGAAACCAUUCCUUGGGAUGAGAAAGAGGCUGAAUCUAAAAAAGAUGAGGAAGUUUCCAAGGUGGAACUUGAGCUUGCACAACUGGACAAGGAGCUUACCCCAAUUGAGCGGUAUGCUGUUUGUGUGAUGGAAGCCGAGAUGGAACCAGAGACAAUUGAAGAACUCAUGAUUGCAGAGGAGGACAUUGAGAACUCCAAGAAGGAAUGGGAGCUUGCUCGGCUGAAGGCGUUGAAGGAGGAGGAGGAGAGACGCCUUGAGCUGGAGGAGGACGAGAUGUUGUACACGUACUCUCGGGAUGAUGCAUAUAACCAGGUGUAUGUCUCUGACUUGGGACCAGAAACCAUGCCGAUGUGGGCACCACCGACACCGCCGAAGGAUGACAACGACGUGUACAUCGACCAGACGAUGUACUUCCUGUACGAGCCGGCUGUGAUGACGGAGACACAGCUCCCACCUGUGUAUGUGAGGAAGGAGCACAAGAAGCCUCGUAUAGAGACCGUCACCACUCGCAAACAAAAACAACGAAAGGAAGAGCAGCCCCGCGUUCCGCGAUCUCUGUUUGAUCGGCCGACUGCUGCCUUGUUGAAGAUGAGGAGAGAAGCCAAGCUGCAGAAGCUGAAGCAAGGCUUGAUCAAACCCUACCGUCCAGCUGCACCCGCUGUGCCAAGCAAGCCUGUCCUCGACACGGCGCCAGACCACCCAGAAUGGCUCAUUCAUGAGGACUGGGCUCUUCUGCAGGCUGUGCAGACUUUGCUAAGCCUGCCACUCAACUUGAUGGUGGUGGCACCCGCUCACAUUCCAAACUGGGACCUAGUCGCCGAUGUUGUCAACAGCUGCAGCAGGGUGUAUCGCUCACCCAAACAGUGUCGCAGUCGCUACGAGAAUGUCAUCAUCCCCAGGGAAGAGGGCAGGAUACUGUAUGACAUCAGCCCCAGGAAGCAGAAGAAGACCAAGGGGAUAUACAAGACAAAGAACAACCGCCCAAUGCGAACCAGUCAGCUAUAUAUCCAGGACAGCAACAACUCGGUGACCAUGCUGUACUCGCUCCGCUUCGACUCCGUCAAGGGCAUCGCUGGUAAGAGGCCCCCGACGCUGAGGCAGACCCUUGUCAACCCCACCAUGAAGAACCCCAAGCACGCUGCUGUCCUGCAGGAGAGCGGCAUCAUCUACGACACCCCUCUGACACCCUUACAGGUGGCAGCCAACAGAGCCGAUCGAAUUGCUCGGGAAAAGAAACAAAGCCAAGUUGCAGCUGCUGCAGCGGCGGAGCAGCAGCUGGCGGCACAGCGAACACAGCAGGCCCAACAGCAGCAGGCGGGGACCGUGGUGCAGGGCACCAGUACAACAACAGCCCCCGUGGUGGCUGCCAGCAUCCAGGCCUCGCAUCUUCAGCCCCUCGUCUCCGUGGCAACGGCUUCCACUAAUGUCAUUCAGAGCGGCGCUGUGCAGAAGAUGCCAGUGGGGCAGGCAGUGUCCAUAGCACGCACCCUCAGCGCCGGCAACAUCGUCGUCAACACCCCAGCAGGAAUGACCAAUACAUUUGCUGCCAUCAACAAACGGAUGAGUCAGGCGAACUCAACAAUAGUUUAUCGACAGGCCGUGACAGGCAACCUGACACAGGCUGUACGGGCGCGAGCACCAGUGGCUGUCCAUGAGAUAACAACAGUAACGACACAGCCAGGCCAGGUCGCUGCAGGUGUCCCAACGGCCACAGCAACACUGCGCACAGCAACAGCAUCCGGAAACCUCGCCCAUGCCCAGCUAGCUACACAGCGAAUACUCACGGGCACCGCAGUCACAGGCAAAGGUAAAGCCACCACGGUACAGCAGCAGUUGAAUCAGUCAGCGCUGAAGAACUUUUCACAGCAACAGAUCAACAUCCUACGACAACAGCCUUCCAUCGUCCGCCCACAAAACCCCCAGCAGACCAUCAGGACACAGAAACUCAGCAUCACCACUGACCAAAUGAGGCAACAGAUCAACAAGCGUCCGAAUGCCUUAGUUGCACAACAGAAGUUGAUCAGUACUCCCCAAGCACUCCUCACAUCUGUUGCAACGAAGCAGGGAAUUCUGAAGCAGCCUGCGAUGAAGCUGACCGAUGAGCAAAUGCUGGCGAUUCGCAGAACGAAGACUCAGCAAGGUGUAGCCGGGGCGCAGGCAGGGCAGAGUCAGCUGCAGCUGCAGGUCACACAGCCGCAGGUCAGACAGAUCAUCCAGGCCCAGGUACAACAGGUGGCCAACCAGACCGCCACCUCACAGACACCGGUGGCGACCCUCGUCAAAUCCGUGUCGGCACCAGCAGGCACAAUACCCAGUGUCACCAUCCCAGUCAGCAUCAACGUCAGUGUUGGCCAACACAAGGCUGGAGUUGCUCAACGAGCCACCGUGAGCCAGCUCCAGCAGCAGCAACAGAAGAUGUACCUGACACAACAGAGGAAGACCCCACAGGGGCAGAAGGUUACCACUCUGGGCCAGGCUCAGGUAGCCAAGACGCAACAGAUCCCGCUCAUCAUCCCUCAACAGAAGGGUGGCCUGCCGUUCACAGGUCAGCUCCUCCACCAGAUCGUGAAGCAGCAGCAGCAGCAAGGCCAGGGAGCCACCAUCCAACAGAUCAUAACCCACGCAUCCCAGCAACAACCCACCAUCAUCGCCACAGUAACACAGGGCCAGGGGACGCAACCAAUGGUGGCCAAAGCUUCUCUAGGUUCCUGUGCCCCUACUGCCCACAUACAAACACUGUCGGCAGCCAGUCCCAUCACCGUCACCCAGGUCACAUCCGCGACAGGCCAGCAUGCUCCCAUCACUCUGAACGUUGCAACACCAGUGUCGCAAGCUGCGGUUGUAAAGGCUCUGUCCGGUGAGCAUGCAACAGUUCAGGUACAGCAAGCAGCCUCACAGCCUAAGAUAACAACCAUCACACAGAGUCUGGUGUCACAGCAACUGCAGCAAGUUUCAACGGCCCAGAUUCACCAGAUUCAGGCAUCGGCUCUACAGACGUCUGCUGCGUCCCAACCAGCCACCAUCCAGGUGCACAGUCCCAUGGUGACGCCGCAGGCCUCGCCUUCCCCAGUCCCUACACAGGUUACUCAGACUAUUCCGCAAGCUGCUACUAUUGCUACUGUGGUUACUCAGGCUCAGCAGCAGGGAGGAGCUGCUGCUGGACAGGCAGCUCAGGCCAAACCUUCGCCCUAUGCCAUGAGGACACGCACAAGGAACUGAGUGCAACAAGCCACCAGUUUCCCUAUCCAUAUGCAAGUUCAGGGUCAGAUUCAUAGAUCUCGUUUCGACAGUUUGUUCAUAGUUUUCUUGGAUUUCUUCGAUGUGGAACCACUGAACAAACACGGGGAACAGUGCCCCGUUUCACAAAGCGAUCGUAGCGCUACGACUGUCAAGUCUGUGUGGAUGAAUGGCGGUUACGUUCACCUUAGCGCUACAUGGAAUGGGGCCAAGGGCUGAUACGUAGCGCUACAACUGUCGUAAGUCUAUGUGGACGUAUAGGAGUUACGUUCAUCUUAGCGCUAAGAUCGCUUUGUGGAACGGUGCCCAGGGCCCAUUGCACAAAGGAAUCUUAGCGCUCUGACUAUCAUAAGUCUGUGUGUACGUAUGGGAGUUGCUAUCAUAUUAGCGCUAGGAUUGCUUUGUGUUGCGUCAGCAACAGGCCCAUCCGUUUUUGUGACUUCAAGCAUGGAGCAACAAGCAAUGCAGUGCAUUGAUUUCAGGAACAGUUGUCCAGUAAGGACAGCUGUCAUAUUUCUUGGACCACACUCUUAUAAUAAAGCACACCUAUUCAUUACACAGUGCUGUAGUGCUGACUAAACUGUUGAUUCAUUCAUGCACGCACCAUUAACAUAAUGUGUCCAGUGAAUAGUGAAUUCGUCCAUUUAUAGAUCUGAAGCCGACGUGCAAAGUAGCAUAGAUUAUUGUGUUAUCCAUCUUGGAGUACAUAUCGUGUAGAUUGUUUGUGUUCAGAUUGUGAGUACUUAUAUGUCCGGUAGAGUUGGUUGAAUUCAAUUAUGUUACAGACAACUAAGUUUUAGCUUAAUUUGAACUAAUUUUCUGUCGUGUGUAAGUUUUGACAAGAUUGUCUAUCGAUUGUCUCUUAAUGGUGCUGAAGUUCAGUCAUGGCAGCAAAUAAUCUUGUGAUGGUGAUACGUUUAGAUUUGAUUUUCUUUCAAUUACUUCAAAUGUUGAUGUGACAUUUGGUUGAAAUUAUUGUUCUGUUGAGUUGACAAUGUGGGAAACAAGGCCACAUUUAUCAAAUACCAACACUUGCACCACAGCAGCAUGCUCAAGACAGUGGAAUAUGUCCAGUCUGGACUUGGGUGGAACUGAAAGUCUAGGUCCAGGUUAGUGCAAUUGUAGUGUAUUUUGCAUAAGUUUCUGUUUCAUACCUAGAUCAAGGAUUAAAGUGGAAUAUACUACUCACACAGGGGCACCCCAUUCUUUCAUAUUUACUUUCAGUAGUAUACAUUUUUUAUUGGAUGAGUCAGAUUGCACUGGAUGAUAUAUUAAGAAAUGGGAAAUUCAGACUGACAAUGUGACAGAUCCAAGGUAGACAGCUAGGCUUUGACAGAUCCAAGGAAGAUGCCGCAAUUUGUUGUGCAGAGUUGCGUCCCUUGGAAACUAUGAUUGUGGGUUCGAAUCCAAGUUUGCCCCAAUUAUGUUUCUAGGUUUGUCAACACCAUACCCGUGCUUGUGGGUUUCACCAAAGUGAUAAAC